CGGCGGCGGCGGCUGCGUGUUUCCGGAAGACGUGGCGGCUCGGGCCCGGGCGGCGUCCCCGUGGCUGUUCUCCGGACUAGACUUGGUAGCGUGAGCCCCGAGGCUCCGCGGUCCUCGCCGCCGCCGCCGCCAUGAUCUCCCUCACGGAUACGCAGAAAAUCGGCAUGGGCUUAACAGGAUUUGGAGUGUUUUUCCUGUUCUUUGGAAUGAUUCUCUUUUUUGACAAAGCACUGCUGGCUAUUGGAAAUGUUCUGUUUGUGGCUGGCUUGGCUUUUGUAAUUGGUCUAGAAAGAACAUUCAGAUUCUUCUUCCAGAAGCAUAAAGUGAAAGCCACUGGAUUUUUCCUGGGUGGUGUGUUCGUGGUCCUUAUUGGUUGGCCUUUGAUAGGCAUGAUCUUCGAAAUUUAUGGAUUCUUUCUCUUGUUCAGGGGCUUCUUUCCCGUGGUCGUCGGCUUUAUCAGAAGAGUGCCUGUCCUUGGAUCCCUCCUAAAUCUACCUGGAAUCAGAUCAACCACAUAGGCCCAGAAGAGAUCCACAGGAAUGUUUGUAGAUAAAGUUGGAGAAAGCAACAAUAUGGUAUAACAGCAGGGGACUGAAGACUUUCAAAUAUUGUAUUAUUUAUAAACCCUUUUGAAGAAUAUUCAGCACAAAGUUAAAUUUCACGAACUAGCUUAUAAAGUUCUUUACAGAAGUUUAAAACGUAUGCCCUCCAAAGUCCCGACAGUUACGGAAGAAGCAGUGACAGCAGACUUGUGACCAGGCGGUCUGAGCGGUCCGCACACGGAGAGGAUGGAGCCUGUUCCGACGCUUAGUGACUUGAGAAGGCUGUUUCUUAGUCUUGCUGCAACAUGUGAAACAGCCAUUUGUAGAGAACCAUGGUGUCUGUUACUUUUUUUUUUUUUUUAGAAGAUUCAGGAACACAAAUACGCAUUUUGAUUUUUUUUUAUAAUGUCCAUUAUGAAGGCCCAGAUAUUUCUAGGUGUACUGGGUUUCUGAUAAUGAAUUGGAUUGGAUUAUGUCGUCUCCAUGUAUAAGCCCAAGGAAAGUCCAGUUUCAUGUGUGAAUCACUUUUUUUUGUAAACAUGGAUAAAAUAAAACUUUUGUGGUCCUUUUGAAUCUUAAUAUUUUGGAGCCAGAUAAGAUAUCUGAACUAGAUAUUCUUUUUCGGAAUACGCAGAGGUCAUUCUGAGCUGUUACUUCCUCAGUCAUAGCUGACCAAGUGCUUUCUUGACUCUACAAUAGUCUGGAUGCGCAGAGCUCUUGAGUGUGGCCUGGGUGUGUCUAUACCACCUGCCACACACAGAAGUCAAGCACGGAACGUUCUGACCAUGGAUAGUCUGCCACAGAGAGUGCUGGAACCAGUUUUAGGAUCCUCAGUGAGGCACACCAGAUGAACUCUCCCAUGCUAUGAUGUAGUUUGGUUUUUUUUCUUGUUAUGUUCUUAGAAAAUGUCACAGUUUCCCACCUUGUUUUCCUAACUUACGGCAAUGUUGAAGGUGUGUAACAUGUCAAAGGCUUGAUUCUCUGACUGAGAAGGGCUGUCUAAUCUUUAAUUUUCCUCUUAUUUUUAGCUUUAUUGUAAAAAACCAGCAUGCACCACAUCUGCUCCCCCCACUGUUCUCCACCUUGAGUUAGGAGAAAAGAUGCCACCCUUGACAUGCAGAAGCUAUUUCAUUAUACUAGCCUGGCCAUGGUUAUCCAUAAAUGUGACCCUGGGGGACUUAUCUUUCCCUUCUGUUGCUGAUUUGCCAACAGGAACAGUAAUGCCUUCUUUCCUUGCACGAGGUGUUAGCUUCUCCGUUGGACAAGGGAGCACUUCAUCGGACACAGUACUAUUUAUCUUAACCACUAAUGAUUGCACUAUUUAUUUUUAACAGUCUCAAAGCUUUUUAAUGCAGAAAAUCAUAAUUGAAAUUAUAUGUAUUUACAAACCAUUUCUACAAAGACAUUACAAUGUUUAUUGUUUUUAGUUAAAUCUCUCGGUGCCAGGAGAAUCCCCAGCCUUGCCAGUCUGCAGAAGGAAGGACUGGUUUGUAGAUGGUUCAUUCUUGUGAAUUACUGUCAUGUUUGGUACUUGCAUCUGACUGUAUGGUGUAACCUGUGAAAACUCGACAAAUGGAGAAUCCUACCUCAGUAGCUCAUGGGAUAAUAAAAGACCUGGCGUUGUGUCUGAUGUUCCUCAAACAGUCACACCUCCGUGGAAUGUCAGUGCUAUGCUUUGAGAACUUGUAUAAGGUUCCCUGUAGAUUUUUUCAUAGGCUUAGGCCCAUACGAUUGACGGUGGCUAGGUGUUAGAGCACAAGUCUGCCAUUCAACUUCUUUAUAGACAUGACCCUAGCAAAGUGUUUUUGCACUGCAGCAAACAUCCCCUUUCAGCGGUUUGACUUCAGAAAACACCAGACCUGAGAAGACAUGAAAGGCUUAUAGUCCUUACUAAGGCAGAGGGCUGGGCAGCUUUCAGUUUGGGGUGAGUCUGCAGUGGGCCUGGAGACUGCUUAGCAACACUGCGUUUCUCAAUCAGAACUGUGAAGAGGCUCUGACUUUAAACCAGCCAGACUCCUGGGGGCCCUAUUCUUGAGGGUUCCCUCGCCCCACCCCCUUCUAAAGUCAGCCUUCUGAUUUUUGUGACAAAAUUAUUACCCUCAGAUGGAGGACAAGGUCCAUUAUUCAGCCUUAAGUGUUUCUGUCAUGUCCUAAUGUGUCCUGUAACAGAAACAUGCUUGCAAUGUUUUCUUUUCCCUCAUAAUUCUCUGGAAUUCAGCUGCUUUAAAAGUCUCAUGGUCAAAUUAUAUACUCUAACAAUGGCAUAUUGUAAAUACACUUGUCUUACCUCAAUAAAAGGGUACUUUUCUAUUCA